CACACUGGCUUACUUAUCCAUGGAUGACGAGUUCCAAAAGAGAAGAGUGCGUCGGUUACAGCAGCAGCCCCGGAAUCUCCCACACAGCAUGGCUAUGGCGGGGAAGGGGUUCCUGUCGGGGAUGAAGUUUGGUCUCCUGGGGGUGGUGCUAGAUCCUGUACAUGGUGCCUCUGAGGAGGGUGUUGAGGGGUUCUUUAAGGGGAUCGGUAAGGGGUUACUGGGACUGGUCACUCAGCCCCUGGGGGGUGUGAUGGACAUGGUCAGUCUGGCCUUUGAUGGAGUCCGCAGGUCUGCUGAGAAUUAUGUAGUAGCCAUAAGAAUGAGAUUACCCAGGUUUAUUAACCCUUACCAUGGUUUAGAGCCCUACUCGUGGUACAGGGCCCAGGGUAACUUUCUCCUACACAGACUCCGGGAUGAGCAGCGAUCCUCCGGGAUCUUUGUAGACUUCGCUCCUCUGAGUUAUGAUGACAGAGCAGAUCUCCUCUUUAUCACUGACAGAACAAUUUUGAGCUUGUCAAAGAAUCGGUUUUCCCCUGGGUAUGACGUGAAGUGGGAAGUAGAACGGGAGAGGAUUAUGGGAAUUCCAGAGGUGACAGAAAAUAAAAUAGUCCUUACUCUGAAGGACAAAAAGGGUUCAUUAUUCUCUGGGAGUACAAUAGAGAUCUCUAGUCCUAACCCUGAAAUACUGAGGUGGAUCCAGGAUCGCAUGGAGCGUAUUGUCAGACAACAGAUCUAAGCAGUUGUCAAAAAGUGCUGUGGAUUUAUUUGACAUGAACAAAAGAGAUUGAUGUUUGGCUGUGAUUUUUAGAAAUUGUAUAUUGACUGCAAAUUCCAGUAGCAUAAUAGCUGAGUGUUUGUUGUUUUGACAUCUCAUAUUUCACUUUUUUGCUGUAUGUUGAUGAUGGGUUAGCUAUUCUUGUUGCCAUAAGUACACUGUGUAAUAUAAAUAUUAAAACAUUAUGUUUUAAGGGAAGUCCUUGGUUUAUAAACAGGACAUGCUUAACAUCAUAAAAAUUAUAACAUGUAGUCAAUUUAUUGUGAUAUACACUCAAUGUGCAAUACCUUUUAACAGCAUUUUACAGUUGUUUUUUGUUUACCUUGUAUGUAUGUGUUUAUGACAUUCCAGGAUAACAUGUCCUUUUUGUCUAUUAGAAGUAUUCAUUAAUUGUAUAUUGUGGUACACACCCUCCCAAAUAUAGGACUUUGAGUAGUAAUGAUCACAGGUAGUUUAAAUUCAUUUAUUUCCAAGUUUAUAGUCACAUACAAUAAACUAGCCAGUUGCAUAUCUAUGAAAUAAAAAUUAACUGACUUGGAAAGGGGAAUAUAUUUAACUAAAAUGCUGCAUUCUUCUGGGAAGAUACUAUUAAUAAUUAUUUUUUCUGAAUUGUAAAGAUCGGGAAUUGAAAUUAAGGUCAUUUUCCAGUGGGAAAGUACAGCACUGUCCUAAAUAUAGCUGAGAUUAAUGUAUUUAAUUUUAAAACCAAAUGCUAGGACUAUACAGUUCAAUUUCAUUAAUACCCCAAACUCUGAUAUCUUGAAUAUACCAUUAAUAUUCAGAAGUGAUUAUUAUGAAGUCCAACCCACUUGUUCUUUAAAAAUUUAACCCUCGAAUCCUUGGAUAUCUUGAUUUUUUUCCCUCCAGUUGAGUUGAAAAAACUUUUUAGUUAAUGAGGUUUCAAUGCUUGCACAUGUGUUGAUCUGUCAAUAGGAGCAAAUGGAACAAAUGAUAAUGACUAGAUUUUCUGUGAUAUAUGUAUACAGUGCUGUUUUUAUAGGUUUCACAGAUAAAGGAUUUUUCAUGAUUACCUUAUAUAAACACAAUGAUUUUAAUGCAUUAUCAUUUUGUAUAUAAGUUAAAUAUAAAUUCAUAUUAAAAAUCAGGCUGAUAUUUUUUGCAAAAGAUAUUUCUUCUCUUAUUAUAAACAUUUCCAGUUAUUGAACAUAUUAAACUCUAACUUUAAACAAGAUAAAAUUAUAUUUUUCAUUUAAAAAAAGAUUGUACACACUGUGUUGUUACUCAUUAGUACAUUUAUCUAGAAUACUUGACAUUCAGAUUAUAUUGCACUUCGUUAUUUUCAUGUUAAACGUACAAGACUACUGUUUUAUACAAAUUGCACUUUAACCUGUACAUUUUGGAAUUGACCUGAUGAAGUAAUUCAGACUUUCCCAUCAUUUAUUAAAAUAAACUGGAAUAUGUAUUUAGCAAAUUUGAAGGAUUUGUUGUUUUGCACUUUACUGGUCUAAUGUUUAGUGCGUGUAGAACCGAGAUUUGGGUAUUUAAUGAUCAUUAUUAAACAUUUACCAUUUAUAUAUUUGGUUCAUUGGUUAAGAUUUUUUUCUACUUUGUUUACAAUGAUUUGUUAGCCAGAGAGAAUUAUGUUGUUAUUUACUUUAAUUAUUAUUGCUUUGUUAAUAAAGAAACACGUAUUUAGA